AUAAUGCUUUGCAAAAAAGGAAAUUUAAAGUUUUUAAAAAAUGCUUUAACCAGCUGUAAUUGUAGAAACUUUCACCAAUCAUCUGCAUUUAAUCGUGGAUUUUUUGAACAGUAUCGUCGUGGAACAAUUCCACCUGAAAUUCAUGACAAACCAUGGCAAGAACAUAUAAAAGAAGGUCGCAAGAUAUUCGUUCAGGAGUGUAAACUUUGGGUUGAUGAAGUUAAGGAAAAAUUUCGUCAAGAUCGGAAGCUUUAUCAGCAUGGCGAUACAGAUGUUUUCUUUAGGUUUGAUAAUAAAGAGUGUUUAAAAAAGUGGCGUGUUGGCUCUGACAAGAUAAAUAAUGAGGGUUUUAGUGAUUGUCAUUUCACUAUAAAUGAUAAAGGUAAAGGAGUUUUCUAUGGUAAUAUUGACACCACUCCUCCGAAGGAUGGAAAGAGUAGGUUUGCUGGCUAUUGUGGCAUCAAGUCUACUAGAAAAACGAAAUCCUUUAUGCGGGAGGACUGUUAUUUUUGGGAUUGGUUUACUCAUUUAGAAUUGAGGGUAAAAGGUGAUGGAAGAGGUUAUGCUAUUAAUUUAGGCUUGGGACUGUAUUAUGAUGUCACCUGGUUCUCUACAUUUACUUAUCCUAUGUACACCCGUGGUGGUCCCUACUGGGAAACAAUUAGAAUACCAUUUUCAAAAUUUUUUAUGCAAUCUAAGGGUCGCAUACAAGACAGACAGGAAAGGAUUCCUCUCAAUAAAGUCAACAGUGUUGGUAUCACUGCUGCUACAGUACCUGGGCCGUUUCAUUUAGAAAUAGAUUAUAUCGGAUGCCAUAAGGAUGAUUCUUUUAAAGAGAAAUGUGCUUAUGAAAUGUAUAAAAUACCUAAAGAGCUUGUUACUGAUUAAUUAAAUACUGUUUAGAAAUGUA